AAAUUUCCCACCACAAGGUCUUUGUCUCUGUAAAUACGUAGUAAUGGUAAGCGAAAAACACCGUUAUUGCAACGUGUUCAACGUGACGAUGACAAUGAGGAUGAAGUUAUAUAUAAACCGAAAGAGCGACAAGCCAGGCAAAUGGCCUCCUUCAAACAAUUGUUUCGUUUUGCUGACAAACUUGAUGUUUGGUUGCUUGUCAUUGGAACUCUUGGAUGUUUGAGUUACGGUGCUCUUGGACCUUUGCAAUUUCUUGUCAUGAAAAGUGUCACGGAUGAUUUUGUCCAAUUCAUUCACUGUUUUCGCUCCAACUGCAGCAGUCCCGUGGAUCUAGAAAAAAGCAUGACGGAAGCUGCUCUAUGGUACAUUGGAUUUGCGGUCAUGAACCUUACAUUUGCUUGGGGUGGUCUUGGUUUAUGGGGCGUUUCAGCUGAGAGGCAGGUCCACAAAAUGAGAUUGGCUAUGUUUCGAAAUAUCAUACAUCAGGAAAUGGCAUAUUUUGAUGUUAAAUCGAGUGGAGAACUAGGAAUUCAUCUUUCGCAAGAUAUGAAUAAAGUUGUUGACGGUCUGGGUUCGAGAUUUGGUCGACUUAUCUACAGUAUAACAGCUUUUGUUUCCGGUUAUUUUUUGGGAUUUUUUUUCUUAUGGAAAAUGACGCUUGUUAUGUUGGCUGCUUUGCCUUUGCUUGCCUUGAGCGUUGGUUUAUUCGCGAAGGCCGUUGGAGGAUUUGCAGCAAAGAACUUGCGGCUUACGGUAGAGCUGGAAAUGUUGCCGAAGAAAGUUUAUCUUCUAUAAGAACUGUCGCAUCAUUCGGGGGAGAAACGGAACAAACAAGAAAAUAUGAUGUUCAUUUGAGUGAGUCGAGGAAGUUUGGUAUCAAUAAAGGACUCGGUAUAGGCAUUGGUAUGGGAUUUUUUCAAGUUGUCUCCUUGGCAAUGUAUGCUAUCGCAUUGUGGUACGGUAUAAAACUAGUUCAAGAUAAAGAAGCUGAACCUGGAGAGGUGUCCAGUACAUUUUUUAUGGUUAUGAUUGGUUCAGGAACAUUGGGACAAGCAGCUCCAUGUAUCGAGGCUUUGGCGAGUGCACGUGUUGCCGCUUUCAAAUUGUUUAAUAUUAUUGAUAAGAGAUCAAAAAUCGAUGCCUUCUCCGAAAAAGGAUUGAGGCCAAAUGUGAAAGGAGAUAUAGAGUUUCGUAACAUCAACUUUGUCUACUCAAAUCGACCUACUGUGCAGGUUUUAAAAGAUUUCAAUCUCAAAGUGUCACGUGGUAAACGCGUUGCUCUAGUUGGUGAAAGUGGUUGUGGUAAAAGUACUGUGGUUAAACUUAUUUCGCGGUUCUAUGAUCCUCAAGAUGGUGCUAUAUUAUUGGAUGGCGAAGAAUUGAGAGACUACAAUGUCAGUCAUCUUCGUCGACAUAUUGGUGUCGUAAAUCAAGAGCCUGUUUUAUUCUCAACAACAAUUGCAGAAAACAUUGCUCUUGGUGGCCAUGAUGGAAUCUCGCCAGAGGAAAUUGAGAAAGCUGCAAGAGCAGCUAAUGCUCAUAGUUUCAUUUCACAAUUUCCUGAUGGUUAUCAAACACAAUGUGGUGAACGUGGAGCAAAAAUGAGUGGUGGUCAAAAGCAACGUAUAGCCAUAGCAAGAGCUUUAGUGAGAAAUCCUAAAAUAUUAUUGUUGGAUGAAGCCACAUCUGCCUUGGACUCGGAGAGUGAAGCUGUCGUACAGGAAGCACUGGACAGGGCUGGCGAUGGUCGCACUACUAUCAUCAUAGCUCAUCGCUUGUCAACCAUCAAGAAUGCUGACGUCAUAGUUACUAUGAAAGAUGGUCACGUGGCUGAGAUUGGAACACAUGACGAACUGAUCGCCAUUAAUAAUGGGAUAUAUAAAACAUUAGUUAUGUUGCAGAACGCGGAAGACAACGAUGUUUUUGGUUGUGAUGGGAGCGAAGAUGAAAACGAAGACGAACUUCGAUCGUUUCAACUUGAGGAAGCGGAUGGCGCUUUUAAACUUGGAUCAUUCACUUCAAGUGGUAGUGUUUUAGGUCUGACAAAAUCACUUGUGACAGAAGAAGCGGAUGAAUCAAAUGAUAAACCUUUAUCAUUUUUUCAAAUCUUUGCAUACAACAUGCCCGAGUUAUGUUUCAUCAUUUUUGGUUGCCUUGGCAGCGCCUUGUAUGGAACUAGUCCCACUUUAUAUGGUAUCUGUAUGGGAGGAAUAUUUGAGACAUUGACGUAUGAUCCAAAUAUUCCAUCACAACAUGAUGACAUGACUGAAGAUUCACGUAAAUGGGCUUUGGUAUUCAGUACGUUAGGUUGUGUUUCUGGUUUCGGUGUAUUUUUGCAAUAUUGGAUGUUUGCUAAAUCUGGAGAGACAAUGACGCAACGUCUCAGAAAAUCGUAUUUUCUUGCCAUUCUCAGGCAGGAAAUAUCGUUCUUCGAUAAAAUUGAGAAUAGUACUGGUGCUCUUUGUCGCAAACUAUCUGAUGAAGUAUCUGCUGUACAAGGGGCAACUGGCACGCAGCUAGGUUUUGUUGUUUCAACGAUGGUGUCCGUCAUAAGUGGUGUUUUGGUUGCAUUCAUUAACAGUUGGAGAUUGAGUUUAGUGAUGACAGUUAUGGCUCCACUUAUAUUCUUGUGUGGCGUCUCGUAUAAUGCUGCUAUCGGCUCGGUUGGUCGACGAAAUCUUGAGGAAGACGCUGGACAGGUUGUAGAGGAGACUUUCUCAAACGUGCAAACUGUAGCUUUAUUAGGAAAAGAAGAGGUUUUCUUUGAGCGUUAUCGAGAAGCAAUGAUCGAGCCUUUCCGAAAAGGAAGAAAGAGCGCUCAUUUUGCCGGUUUGGCUACAGGUUCUUCUCUAUGUAUUGUUUCUCUGACAUUUGCUGCCACUUUUCGUUAUGGCGCUUUUCUUAUCGUUCAUCAUAAGGUCACUUUGAAAGAAAUGAUGACAACGGUGUUUACAUAUCUGGGUGUGGGUGUGAUAGUUGGUCAGAACAGCUCCAUGACACCUGAUUAUGUGAAAGCAAAACGUGCUGCUCGAAAUAUAUUUAAUUUCUUAAAGUUGAGCCCCUUCAUCGAUAACCAAUCGGAGGAAGGCUUGAAACCAGAGAAAUGCAAGGGCGACAUCAAGCUUGAAUAUGUCCAGUUCAGGUAUCCAACGAGAAGAAAAGUAAAGGUUUUACGUAAUUUCAACCUUCAUGUCAAACGAGGUCAAACUGUUGCAUUGGUUGGUAGCAGUGGAUGUGGAAAGAGUACCGCUGUAUCAUUGGUCCAGCGGUUUUACGACAUACAAGAUGGUAGUGUGACACUCGAUGGUCACGACGUUAAAGAUUUAAACAUAAAAUGGUUACGACGGCAAAUUGGUUUUGUAUCCCAGGAACCUGUCUUAUUUGACGUCACGAUUAGGGAAAAUAUUGCUUAUGGUGAUCUCACUCGCGACGUCAGUGAUUUUGAAAUCGAGGCAGCGGCAAAAUCCUCAAAUAUUCAUGACUUUAUACGCAGUCUACCACAGGGCUACGACACAAUGGUUGGUGAAAAAGGAACGCAGAUUUCAGGAGGUCAAAAGCAGAGAAUUGCUAUCGCAAGAGCGUUAAUUCGCGAUCCAAAAAUACUUUUACUAGAUGAGGCAACUUCUGCAUUGGACAGCGAAAGUGAAAAGAUUGUGCAAGAAGCUUUGGAUAACGCUAGAGUAGGUCGUACUACCCUCAUUAUUGCUCAUCGUCUUUCUACUAUUCAAAGUGCAGAUUAUAUCGUUGUUAUACGGCGUGGUAGGAUACUGGAAAGAGGAAAGCACGAACAACUGAUGGCUAUGAAAGGCACAUAUUAUACGUUGUAUACAGUACAAAGAAUGUCAAAGGUUUGAAUAGAUAAAAAAGCUUUUAGCGCUGUAGUGUUUUCUUGAAUGAAUCAACGUAUGUGUUAAAAUCGUAAAUAUCUUUGAUGUAGCAGAAGUUUCUAUGGACACCCAAUGUUAUUGAAGUAGGAUUUAUUAUUUAAUUUAAACUUAAAGUUUAGAUAGAUUUAAUGAUUUCAUUCAUUUUUCCAACUAAAACGUUUUUCGUUUGACGUUUGUAUAUUUGAAUUAUUAAUAUCACUAUGACUUCUUUAUGGACGGUAUGACGUUAGUUAGGUUAAAACUUUUUCAUAAUAACUCGCAUGUGACAACGGCUUUCUUUUGCUUCAUCAGUUGCAUCGCAAAUAGCCACGCGUCGUUUUGUUGCGAAUUGUGAACUUUUUCCUUCCCAGUUUUGUUUUGUUUCUGCUUCUUUUUCAAUAGAUGGCUUUAACGAACAAAAAAUUCCACUAAAGAGUUCUAUAAUUUUCAUACGAAGUCUUAGGAAAAUUCAAGUAAUGUAUGUCGUGGACAAGGAAGAAGACUGAAAAAUCUGUUUUUAAAAUUUAAUGUCUUUUCAGUGGAUUUUUGACCACUUUUUUUAUAUCGUAUGAAAAGUUUAUGUGAUACAAAUAUCACGAUAAUUUCUUCCAUAUGAUACAUUUUGUGAUAAUGUUUAUUCUUCAAAUAAAAUAAUUGAUUUUAAGAAA